UGUACUUUAACAAAAUGUGUACAAUAUAAUAAGAAACUUGAAGAACGGUUUGGUAGUUUUAGCGUUAAGAAAAUGAAGGUUCCUUUCUUAACUGAUAAUCGGGUUUUUCGACGUUGAAAGAAUUAAUAUGACGAGCUCCGAUGAAAACAUUCCGGUAACAAGAUCCAAGCAUGGAACGACAGAAGAUAACAUAACGUAACACUUACAAAAGUGCAGACGCACAUCACGAUUUACAUAUCCGCGCUUCUUAGAAUUGCCCCUAUCAAAGCGUUCCCCCUUCCCCGCUUUAAUCCAAAUCCUCAAGCUUCAUCGACGCUUCGUAACAUAAGCUGAAGAAGAGGAAGAAGACAAGGGAAGAGGUGUUUAGGUGGGAGUCGAUGUUUCAACCUACCAGGAUUAUCAUCGAGCGUUAACAGUCGCAGAGAGGAUCCCAAAGAAAAGGGAACCAUGCGGCUGAUUUUUGUUAUCCUUGUUUGUUUCUCGGGCACGGUACUCUCGAAAUACUAUGAGAAAACACGUUUCGAUCGUUCCGUUUACGAAUCGCCAACUGUAAACGGACUUAGAGAAAAGAAACAAUGGACAUUUACCGACGAUGAAACGAAUUAUAGAGCGUAUAGAGAUAGAACAGAGAACAGUUGUUAUUUGGAAAAAUUGGGAGACAAUGUUAUUGCAGAAGAAUACUCGGACGUCAAGUUACGACAAAAUCAAAUGCCGAAAACAUUUUAUGUGUCCAACGACGUCUUGACGAAAUUAGAAGCAUGGCGGCUUGCAGGUGGCAGAAUAGUCGACUUCUGUCAAGGACGCAAAAUUAUUUUGUUACAAGACACUGUACCCAUCCCUGAGAAAACGACUGAUCCCUUUUUUAAUAUACUUCCGUACGACGAAAACGACAUCGCUCCAAAAAGGGUAGCGGACGUUCUUCUGACGCCUUUGAUAAGCAGAGCCAAAAGACAAAUCGCGCUUGAAAAGAGGGAGGAGCUUAAUAAGAAUUUUAAUCGAUUACGAUCAACGCGACAAACGCAACAACCGCAAGGAAAAUUUCGGGGACAAACGCAAUCUCAAUAUUUAGCUAUCGGUAACGAUGAUCAGAAAGAAGGUAAAGCUGAAGCUGAGGCUACUCAACAGUCUUCCCGUUCAGUCGUUAGUGGAAGUCAUGGUAUGGGACAGGCGCAAAGUAUGUCGUUUGGCAGCAUCGGGUGUGAAGAUUGUUCCAAAUAUACAAGCGAGGGUCCUCCAGACAGAUAUGUUCAAUAUCCAGGUGCAGGUCCUGGUACCACUUAUUCUAGAACUCAUGGGCCGAAACAAGACGGUACUUACCCUCACGACCUUGCACCGGGUACUUUAAUAAAAGAUGGAAGAUAUGCAGGUAAUAUUAAUAAUUUAAUUUUGAUGACAAGUGCAGCUCGUUCCAAUGGUAUUAAUUUAAGUGUCAUUGCAAUUACAGGUGGCGUAACUUAUCCUGGAGGUGCACCAGGUACUGCAGGGCGUGUAGUUUAUCCUCCAAGUGUGCCAGGUGCUCCACCAGGUGGAGGGGGCGUAUUAUAUCCUGGAGGUGCACCAGGAGGAAAGGUACUCCCUCCUGGCUAUAUACCUGGUACAACUGAUGGUGGAGCAGUUUAUCCCGGUGGUGUUCCUGGGGGUAUACCUAGCACUAAUGGACGGAGUGUAAUUUAUCGAGUACGCACACCUGGCACAACUGGUGGUGGUGGUGUAACUUAUCCUGGUGGGGCACCUGGUACUACAACUGGUGGUGGAACUUAUCCUGGAGGUGUACACGGUACUACAACUGGUGGUGGUGGAACUUAUCCUGGUGGGGUACCUGGUACUACAACUGGUGGUGGUGGUGGAACAUAUCCUGGUGGGGUGCCUGGUACUACAACUGGUGGUGGUGGAACAUAUCCUGGUGGGGUACCUGGUACUACAACUGGUGGUGGUGGAACUUAUCCUGGUGGUGGUGGGACUUAUCCUGGUGGGGUACCUGGUACUGUAACAACUGGUGGUGGUGGGACUUACCCUGGUGGGGUACCUGGUACUGUAACAACUGGUGGUGGUGGAACUUAUCCUGGUGGAGUGCCUGGAACAACCGGUGGUGGUGGAACUUAUCCUGGAGGAAUGCCUGGUACUACAACAGGUGGUGGUGUUACUUAUCCUGGAGGUACACCUGGUACUAGGAUUGAUGGUGGUGCAGUUUAUCCUCCAGGGAUACCCGGUACUACAACUGGUGGUGGUGGUACUUAUCCCGGUGGUAUACCUGGUACUACAACUGGUGGUGGAGUAACUUAUCCUGGCGGUGUACCUGGUGUGACAGCAACUAGUGGUGCUGUAGUUUAUCCUGGAGGAAUACCUGGUACUUCAACAAGUGGUGGUGGCGGUGUAUCUUAUCCAGGAGGUGUACCCAGUGCUAGAAUUGAUGGUGGUACAGCUUAUCCUGGUGGGGUACCCGGUACUACAACUGGUGGUGGAACUUAUCCUGGAGGUGUACCCGGUACUACAACUGGUGGUGGUGUAAUAUAUCCUGGUGGUGUACCCGGUACUACAACUGGUGGUGGAACCUAUCCUGGUGGUGUACCCGGUACAACAACUGGUGGUGGUGUAAUAUAUCCGGGAGGUGUACCUGGAACUACAACUGGUGGUGGAACUUAUCCUGGUGGUGUACCAGGUACUACAACUGGUGGUGGUGUAAUAUAUCCGGGAGGUGUACCUGGAACUACAACUGGUGGUGGAACUUAUCCUGGUGGUGUUCCUGGUACUACAAUAACUGGAGAUGCUAGAGUUUAUGUUGGCACCAUACCUUCUGGUGGAGUAGUUGGUGGUGAAGUAUAUCCUGGAAAAGUACCUGGAAGUGGUGUAGUUUACCCUGGUGGUGUACCUGAUAGAACAACUAGUGGGGGUGUAAUUUAUCCGGGAGGAGUACCUGGUACCACAACUGGUGGUGGAACUUAUCCCGGAGGUGCACCUGGUACUACAACUGGUGGGGCAACUUAUCCUGGUAGUAUACCUGGUACUGGAGGUAUAGUAUAUCCUGGUGGCACACCUGGUACAGCUGGAGGUGUAGUUUAUCCUGGUGGCACGCCUGGUACAACUGGUCCAGGUGUAGUUUAUCCUGGCGGUGUACCUGGUACUGAGGGUGUAGUUUACCCUGGAGGAAUGCCUGGUAAUGUAAUGUAUCCUGGAGGUAUCCCACCAGACGCCACUCGUGGUCAAAUAGGUCAAACUGGACAAAUUCCUGGAGGUACAGGAACGGGUCCAGGAACUGCAAACUUAUAUCCAGAUACUUCAGUAGGUCCUAGACCACAUACUGAUAGAGUUCCUGGUUACCCACAACCAGAACAAUAUCCUGGGUAUCCACAAGGCCAAUACCCUGGAUACACACAAGCAGGACAAUAUCCAGGUUAUCCACAAGGACAAUACCCUGUAGCAUGGCAGACUGGAGAGAAACCAGUCGAACAAUAUCCUGAUGGCCAAAAUAUCAGACAAUAUCCAGGAUCACAGUAUCCAUCAGGCCCAACUGGAGAAACUUCUCAGUAUUUCCAACCAGCCGUUCCAUCCGCAGAGGACGAUAAUUCCAACUCUCAAGCAUCCAGCGUUGUAAAGCAAACUGACGCAGGUACUCAAGCCAGUGCAUCAGCCCAAGGAAAAUAUGGACAAGGAACAGCUCAAUCUCAAGUAUCAGGUACAUACAGUGGUUCCGGGUCAUUUUCGGCACAAGCUGGUAGUACUGACGUUAACAAGAGUGCUCAAACUGAAAUUAGUGGUGGUAAAGACGGUGCUACAAGCAAUGCUCAAGGAACAGGUGGUUAUGGGAAAAGUCAAGCACAAGUUCAGUUAGAUUCAGAAUCCGGUGCCACAUCAACAGGUGCACAGAGUAGUGGUUGGAACCACGGUACGAAUUCUCAGGUGCAAGCAAGUUCGAAAGGAGGAAUGGCGGACGCUCAAGCAAACGGUGAAGGAAGUACUUCGAGUCAAGCACAGAUCGGCUUCCAACCCUAUAUGAAGACGGAUGAAAAGGUAGAAAGACAUUCGAGACCUUUCCGAGGAGGUGGAACAGCUUCUGCCCAAAGUGGAACACACAGAGGACAAUCUCAGUCUCAACUUGAAGGAUCCUUCCAAUAUGGAAUCACCUACACCGGUGCUGCACAGGCAGGAUCAGGAUCUGGUGCUGCAGCUUCUAGAAAACCGUUCAGCUUCAACCUCACGGAUACCGAAUUAUUUAAAUCGUUUAAACCAUCUUACAUUCCGCAUAUUACGAAAAAUAAUAGCGACGCAACGAAUACGUCUUCGGAGAUUGAUUAUGAAUAUAAUCAAGAUAAAUAUCAACAGGGUUUACAGGCAAGUCCCAGUUCACAGAAGGCAGUCUUUGUUAAACAGACGGCGAAUGAGAACUCUAAAAAUGUGGAGAUUAAACAAACUCAGUUGGAUGAUACGGCAUAUGAUUAUGAGGAGGAAUAUGACGGCGAUGAGGAUGACGGAGAACAGAGUCACCAGUCACAAGCGGUGCAUCUUGCGACUGGAAAUCAAUAUGAUAUUCAUAUCAAGCAGGAUGCUAACACAGCACAAGUUGGAGACAUGUUCCAACCUGGACAGUCAGUGUCAGGAUACACUAUACCACCUGGCUUCCGUGGCAGAGUAACAUCAGUAGCUGGUAGCGAAACUGUUGCUCAUGGUGAUGGGAAAUCUCAAUCUCAGUCUGUUUCUUUGGUUCCAGUAGAGCCGAAUCACGGUAAUAAAUCACCUGUCUCGGAAACCAGAUCACUUAAAACUAAUCGUGAAAGAUUGACUGAAGAUCAUGUUCCUUCUAAUGGAAGACAAGAUCAUUUGUCGCCAGUUCCAAGUCGUACCAACGAAAAUUCAAAGCCCUCAAAUAUACCAAUGAAGCCGAGUUAUUAUACAGUGACAAACAGUGUCGCUGGUAAGAUGGAUGAUAGCAAAAGUUCACCAAGAAAAUAUGAACAUCGUUAUUAUACUAAGAGUUCAACUUGUGGAUACUUCACGUUUUCUUGUAAUGUCGUAUAUGGUUCUAAUGGCAGAACAAAAAUUUGUAAACCAAAAAUGCCAACAUAUCCUGAUGGUACACCUAUGAAAUGUUAAAUAAUUGUUAUUAACAUCAUAUUGUUUAUAAAAACUUUUAUUUUCUUCAUAGAAUACUUUAUAUCAUACUAAUAUUACAGAGAUAGUUUUUAUUACAAUUUAGAUCAUUCUUCUUUUUUUUCUAUUUUUUGUAUUAAUAUGAACAUUAUGAACAUUCAUACAUUUUAUGAAUAUAAUCAUACUUCUAUUAUUUUGCUCACACAUACUGCACAUCAUUUUUAUCAAGGUACUUGUACUAAGUGUACAUUAUUGAUUUGAUAACGCUACAUCAGCUUUUAGUAUUUAUCUUUUUUUAUCAAUAAAAUACACGUUAAACAAACAAGAAAUUCUGUUUUCUAUUCUCCUUCAUUAACGAAUUACAUCCAGUAAUAAAUAUACAUUGAAUAUUUUCUUGAAAUCUACUACAAAUAUAAAUUUAAAUAGAUAAGAAUUACUAUGUAACAUAGACAUAAAUACACUUACAAUUUCUUAUUUUUUUAUGUUACAAACAUUUGUAAUAGAGCGAAAAUUUUAAUUAUAAAUAUCAGGUAUCAUUGAACAUCUCUCAUCUAGAUAAUGAUCUAAUUUUACCAGUCUUUAGGUAACAGGUAAACUUCGUAAUUACAUAUACAUAUUAAGUUAUAUACAUUACUUAUAUACAUACAAUAAACAUGUUUAAAAUAU